UGAUGACGACAGUUCAAGUGAUGGCGACUGCGAGAAGAAGCCAGAGAAGAAGCGGGCGCUGCGCCGCUACCUGCAGUGCCCGGCGGCGGUGAGCGUGCGCCACCUGCAGCGGUUCGUGCGCCUCAAGCACGCCCUGGGGCCCGAGCACCGCGUCGACAUCAUCCACGCGGGCGAGUGCCUGCGCGAGGAGUUCACGCUCAUGGACGUCGCCUACACCUUCGCCUGGAAGCAGACGGAGCCCAUGCGCUUCAGCUACCGCAUUUUCCACCUCCCCGUGGCGGCGCCUCUGGAGCCCAUGGACUCGCCCGGGGCGCCCGUCGCGCCCGCCGCGCCCGACGCCUCGG